AUGGUGAGCCAGUGCCAGCCCUGUGAAACUGACCAAUCAUAUUCUAAUCAUUUAGAACUGCAAGUCCCUGCUUCGGGUGGUACAGAAGAUGUUGGCAAUUUGUUGGAGAAUCAUUUCUCUGCUGGAGACGCAAGUCUAGAGGAGAAAGAAAGGGCCCUGUAUGCAGACGCGGCCCCAGGAGAUGAGACCCUGCUCCUUCACUACCCAGACAGCAGGGCGGCCAAGAGUGCGGAGUGGACCACCGCCGCUGGGGCCCCUCCAGCUGCCACCGGCCCGGGCUCCGAGUCCGAAGCCAGCCUCCCCAAUGCCUCAGCCACUGAGUCAGCUCCAUCUGGGGAUGCCGCGGGGCCUGGGGAAGAGCAGGGCCCAGCAGCAGCGAGCACCCUUCCUGCAGGAAGGGAUAAAGGGUCCUUGCAAGAGGAGAGGCCAGAGCUCAGUUCGGGAGAGGGACCAGGAGAGGAAGUGACUGGGCAGGAGCCCUGCUUGCAGGGAGCUGCCAGCGGGGAAAUAAAAAGCCAGGCUGGGAGUGGCAAGGUUCCUGAGGAAGCUGAAGGGAUCCUAGGGGACAACCCGGAGCAAGGAGCAGCUGCAGAGACGGCAGAGUCUGAAGCCACCACAGCCUCCCCUGCCUCAGAGGACCAGGAGAGCCACACACUGGAGAUAGAAGACAAAGGCCACGCCAGGUUAGAUGGAGCCCCCCAUGCUGUGGAAGAAGGGCUGGAGGCGGAUGUGGACACAGAAGCCAGGCAGGAGGCUGAGGACCGGCAGCAGGUCCACACCUUGGAUACAGAAGGUGAUGGCGUCCCUGGGCAUGGCCAGGGGCCCACAGAACCAGAUGGAGCUGCCAAUGUUGUGUCUGUGGAAGAAAUUUCAGAGGCUGACGUGCAUGCAGAAGUCAGGCAGGGGGCUGAGGACCAUGAGAAGCGCCAUCCCAGCCAGGAGACUGGCCCCGCUGCGGAGGCCAGCACUACGUCUGUGGGCACCCAGAGCUCCGAGGCAAGGAGCAUGGAGGGGGACCACCCUGCUGAGAGCCAGGCACCAGUGAUGCCCAAGGAGGAGGAGGAAGAGGAGGCCUCCUCUGAAGAAGAGGGUGAUGAGGAAGGUGAAAGUGAGGAAGAUUCUGGAGAAGACAGCGGUGAUGGAGCCAGCUCAGAAGAAGCAGGGGCUGCCUCUGAGGAGGCUCGGGAGCCCUUGGAAGCAGGAGGAACUGCAAGCCUUGCCGGGGGAGAGGGUCAGCCUGGCAUGGAGGACUUGAAUUCCAGGCCUGCAGGCAGCAAGGACACUGAGCCAAAGGAACCUGGAGAGGGACAUGAGGGCUCAGGGAGUUCCCUAACUGCCCCCCAGGAAGAGACAGAAGAUGUGAGUGAGGAAGCCCCGAUGAGGGAUCGAUCGCACAUCGAGAAGACCCUGAUGCUGAAUGAGGACAAGCCGACUGAUGACUACUCAGCGGUACUGCAGCGGCUCCGAAAAAUCUACCAUUCGUCUAUCAAGCCCCUGGAGCAGUCUUACAAAUACCACGAGCUGCGCCAGCAUGAGAUCACAGAUGGGGAAAUUACUUCCAAGCCUAUGGUGCUAUUCCUGGGACCGUGGAGUGUUGGUAAAUCCACCAUGAUAAACUACCUCCUUGGGUUGGAAGAUACACGCUACCAGCUCUAUACAGGUGCCGAGCCCACCACCUCAGAGUUCACGGUCCUCAUGCACGGGCCCAAGUUGAAGACCAUAGAGGGCAUUGUCAUGGCUGCAGAUAGUGCCCGCUCCUUCUCACCCCUUGAGAAGUUUGGCCAGAAUUUCCUGGAGAAGCUCAUCGGCAUCGAGGUUCCCCACAAACUUCUGGAGCGGGUCACUUUUGUGGACACACCAGGCAUCAUUGAGAACCGCAAGCAGCAAGAAAGAGGUUAUCCCUUCAACGAUGUGUGCCAGUGGUUCAUCGACAGAGCCGACCUUAUCUUUGUUGUCUUUGACCCCACCAAGCUGGAUGUGGGCCUGGAGCUGGAGACCCUCUUCCGCCAGCUGAAGGGGCGUGAAUCCCAGAUAAGGAUCAUCCUGAACAAGGCCGACAACCUGGCCACGCAAAUGCUUAUGCGGGUUUAUGGAGCCCUCUUCUGGAGCUUGGCCCCUCUCAUCAACGUCACGGAGCCCCCGAGGGUUUACGUCAGCUCCUUCUGGCCACAGGACUAUAAGCCCAAUACUCAUCGUGAACUGUUUCUCAAAGAAGAGAUCUCCCUCCUGGAAGACCUGAACCAGGUGAUCGAGAACAGGUUGGAGAACAAGAUUGCCUUCAUCCGCCAGCACGCCAUCCGGGUGCGUAUUCACGCCCUCCUGGUCGACCGCUACCUGCAGACUUACAAGGACAAAAUGACCUUCUUCAGCGAUGGAGAACUAGUCUUUAAGGACAUUGUGGAAGAUCCUGAUAAAUUCUACAUCUUCAAGACUAUCCUGGCAAAGACCAACGUCAGCAAAUUUGACCUUCCCAACCGCGAGGCCUAUAAGGACUUCUUUGGUAUCAAUCCCAUUUCCAGCUUCAAACUCCUCUCCCAGCAGUGCUCCUACAUGGGAGGUUGCUUUCUGGAGAAGAUUGAGCGGGCCAUUACUCAGGAGCUGCCCAGCCUCCUGGGGAGCCUGGGGCUUGGGAAGAAUCCAGGUGCUCUCAACUGUGACAAAACAGGGUGUGGCGAAACCCCCAAGAACCGCUACAAGAAGCACUAG